AUGGCUACUCUCACGUACAGUGUGGCGAGGUAUACCGUUGCAACAGGACACUUGAUCCUGGAACACAACUAUCCACCCAGCAAGACAAGCCCUAGUGCCGUCUCCGUCGAUAUCACUGGGAUUCUUGAAGACGUCACCGCAGAAGCACUGCGCAUUGGAACAUGGCUGAACGUUGUGGGCUACGUCAGAGAAGUCGAACCAGUGCAGCCAUCAUCGUCAUUCUCAUCUAACUCUGGUGAUGCCAAUGAAUCAUCUACAACUCCUCGACCUGUUUACAUCGAAGCCAUUAUGGUUUUCUCAGCUGGAGCCAUCGCAGUGGGAGAAUAUGAGCGUAUCCUGCGCAAUUCCCAAGAUGUGGAACGGAUGAUGAAGUCGAAUACCUAG